UUGACUAGACAGGUACAAUAUCCUUUAUUUGCAUACGUCAAGCCGCUAUGAGAAGCGUUGAAGGCUGAAAUACGAUACUGUAAAUUGUUCGCUUUUUCCUUUAAGAAAUACGAAAAUGUACAUCUAAGUACACGCCAGUAUUCUACCGUCUCAGCACAGCUAAACGCUUGUUGCGCAAGUUGAAUGUGCCGGUAGAUUUGUUUGAAAAUGAUGACUGAAGUUGACCAUGAUGACGAUGAAGUCGUGACAUUAUUGGAAAAAAAGGAAAGUGAGAACAAGCGAUGGAAGAAUGAUGGCUGCAUACGAACUCAAUUUAUUGCUCCAAAACUAUUCUACUUUUUCUUUUUUUCCGCGCAAGGUUCAUUGAUGCCAUAUCUUGCGUUGUAUUACAAACAGUUGCGUUUGUCUGCAGCCGAAGCUGGAGUUGUCUCCGGAGCCAAGAUGUACGCCGCGUUUCUAAUCAUUCCUUUGUGGAGUAUGUUGGUCGAUAAAUUCAAAGUCGGAAAGCUUGUGUUUAUCAUGUCGUCUACAGCAUUAAUGGCGACAAUGUUAAUCAUAUCCAUGGCCCCAGCUAAUAUUUGCAUGACGAGACAUGACAGAACACGUAGAGACGGUCUAGCCAACGAUGUUCCAGUCUUCAACUAUAGCCCUUCUAUGUACAACGUAGGCGACGUAAACACUGAAUUCGGAUCAAGAUAUCUUUCAGAACCAGAAAUUGAAGAUCAAACCUUGAUGCUUUCGUCAAAAACUGGAUCUUUCGGCCACACCGAGCUAUUUAUUUUUUUUUUAAUCGUCACAAUUUGUGGGACGUUAUUUUCCUGUCCUUGCCUCAGCCUGGCCGACUCGGCAACAGUCGACCUUCUCGCGAGGAAUUCUGAAACCCACAAAUACGGCAAUCAGCGACUAUUCGGUUCUAUUGGUAACGGUUUAGCUGCGUUUAUCGUAGGGGCGUCAAUCAGUCAAACGGACUUAUGCCCUGGUGAAGAGAGAAAGGUGAAUUAUUAUUGGUGUUUUUAUACUUUUGCCGUGUUUAUGUUUCUUUCAAUCAUUGCCGGCAGCAGAUUGCAGUUCAACUCGAGAACUGAUUCAAAGCAAGCAACCACCAGAGUUUGUGCAUCCCUACGUCACGUACUAGUAAACGCGAACUACCUUAUAUUUCUUUUCACCGUCUUCUUUGAUGGUAUGGCCAUGUCAUUUAUCAAAGCUUUUCUGUUUUGGUUUCUCAAAGAUCUUGGAGGCACACAGUUUUUGUUUAGUGUUAUAACCGCAGUGAACUGCUCCGUAGAAGUGCUUGUGUAUUUCUUUUCAUCGUAUUUGAUACAACGUCUGGGGAGUGUUCGCGUGCUUUGCAUUGGAUUGUUGUGUUACACUGUGCGAUUUUCAUUUUAUACGUGCAUGGUAAAACCAUGGCUUGUUCUCGUCGUUGAACCGUUGUCUGGCAUUACCACUGCGGCUCUGUGGGCUGCUAUUAUGUCUCACGUGGGCGACACAGCAGCAAAAGAUUCAGCAUUCACACUUCAGGGAGUAAUUCAUUCCCUUCACUGGGGCCUAGGCCAUGGAUCUGGCUCUGUAUUAGGAGGUAUUCUGGUACAUAAUAUUGGACCUAGAAACACGUUCGCCCUUUUUGCCAUUAUUAGUGCCAUGAACUUCUUAAUUUAUAUACUCGUUAUAUACUGUUACCGAGAAAAUAAAAAACAAAAGCAAGAUGAAGAUUUGUUACAGAAUGACUUGAAAGAAUAAGAAUAAUGCUUUCACACACACUGAUUCCUGAGUCACUGCAUCAAGUGUACCUAGAUUAGGUUAGCAAGAUCCGCUAGAACAUAUUAUAUCCCAAAAUUAUAACUUUUAUGUGGCUUUAUACACUGAAAAGAUAAUUGAUUGCCAUCAGUUUAAACAUGUAAACAGUUGACUCUGAGCGCUAAAGGAAUGAUGGGUUGUAUCAUGUUAUGUGUGUAGGUGUAGCCACAUUUUCAAGUCACUAAUUUCCAAGUCAUUUGCUCUUGUGUAGGUCUAGCCACAUUUCCAAGUCAGUAACAAGUCUAGAUAGCAAAAAAACUAUAUCAUCUCUCGCGGCUUGCGAGCAUUGAGUUUUCGUUUAAUAAGUUUUAAUUUGGAAGAAUAAGUGUUACGUGAUAUAAAAAUUAUAGAAGAUAUAUAUUACAUACUGAUUAUAUCAUGGUAAUAUUACUAUGUAGCUAAU